AUGAGAAUGUGGUCCUACGUCCAGCGCCGACAGAUCGCCAACCAAGUAAGAUUGAACCACCAAAAUCACAUCGAAUCAAUCGAGUAUGCUAGACCUCGUCUUCGAAAACGGUCAUUUUCAUCCCGCAACAACACAGGAACCUCUGGAGAAGUAAGCCAACAAGAGCCUAGCGAGAGUCACUUUCUAGUCCAAAGCACAUGCGAAGAUGAUCCUCUGAAUCCAUUGAACUGGCCGCGAUCAUCAAGAGCGAAGAAUAUCUUCGUCAUCUGCUUUCUGGUAUUCACGCAAUGCUGGGCUGGCUCUGCAAUCUCGAUGGGGAAUUCCAUGGCCAGUCAAGAGUUUGGUGUUGGUCAAAUCGCCGAGAAUCUCUCCACAGCCAUGUUUCUCUUCGGUGUCGGAACCGGGGCGUUAUUCGUUGGACCCAUAUCCGAAACUGUUGGAAGAAAUCCUACUUACUUGGUGGUUACUGCGUUCUAUCUUUGCUUCCUUCUUGGAUCGGCUAUGACACCGACGUUUGGUGGGCAAGUUGUCUGUCGAUAUCUCGUGGGUUUAUGCGCUAGCGCAACGUUAACGAUUAAUGGGGCGAGUGUGAAUGACCAGUUCAGGCCAGUCAAGAGAGCAUUGGUGUUUCCAAUUGUUGCUUGGGCCAAUGUGGCGGCAAGCGGCUGGAUUGUCUCCAACCCGAAGCUCGGUUGGAGAUGGACAGAAUGGACUACUCUGAUGAUUUCUGGAGCUGCCUUUGUAGUGGCCGUACUAUUCCUCCCCGAGACAUACUUUCCGCUGAUUCUAUCAUGGAAAGCGAAAGAGCUUCGUCGCGUUACAGGCGAUCAACGAUACACAUCGCAACAUGAGCAGAAGCAUUCAUUCUGGAAGCAAAUGAGAGAAACGCUCCCGCUACCAGCAACCUUUUUCCGAAAUGAACCGGUCAUCAUCGUGCUAGGUCUCUACCUCGUCUUGCUGUAUAUUCUGCUCUUCAGUUUCCUAUCAGGCUUUGACUACAUCUUCAAAGAGACGUACAAACUCGAGCCUGGAUACCAAGGCUCAUGCUUCGCUGCCAUCGCUACGGGGGCCACGGCCUUCGUUCUUUGUGGACCUGGACUCUACGAGUGGGCAAGACAACAUACCGAACGAGUUCGAGGAGCAUCUAUACAGCCAGAGUUCAGGCUCUGGCCAGCGAUUGUGACAGCUCCAUUCCUGCCCAUCGCACUAUUUUGGCUGGGCUGGACCAACUAUUCCACAGUCUCCAUCUGGAGCGGACUUGGGGCGUGCUUCUUGUUCGGGAUUGUGCUGACAUCCAUCUAUGUCAGCAGCUAUGAAUAUAUCACUGAUAGCUACGGUGAGCAUUCCGCUAUAGCUUUGGGUAGUAUCACCAUGUCCCGCUACCUGAUCGCUGGCGGAAUGGUCAUGGCUGCGCGGCCGAUGUAUGAAGGUAUUGGAGUCCAUUGGACGAUGACAGUUCUAGGGUGCGUAGCAAUGUUGCUUACGCCAGCGCCGAUUCUGUUCUGGAAGCACGGUCCUCAGCUAAGGCGCAGAAGUCCAUACGCAACUACUGAUGUAUAA